UGACAGCAAAGCAAUCCAUCUCGUCUCGUUUAUCGUGUGUGCAUGAGAAAAAAGUGAAAAAAUGACGACGAUAUUGUAAUUUUGGCGUUUUAAUCACUAAUUUUGAUCCAUUCAUAGGCUCAAUUGUGAAUCCAGUUGGUGUGUUAAUUGUGCAUUUAGUGAAGGUGCAACCGCAAUAUUUAAUAGUUUUGAUAAGGAGCAAUAGAAUCCCGUAAGCACCAUGUCCUCGUCAGCGAUUUUCAUUCUGGACGCCAAAGGGAAGGUGCUGAUAUCUCGGAAUUACCGAGGCCACAUCGACAUGGGCGUGAUCGACAAGUUCAUGCCGCUGCUGAUGGAAAAGGAGGAAGAAGGUCUGAUUACACCGAUUCUGCAGACACCAGAGUGCACGUUUGCGUACGUUAAGACCAACAAUCUGUACUUAGUGUCUGUGACGAGAAGCAAUGCCAACAUUGCGCUGGUUUUUGUGUUCUUACACAAGGUGGUUCAGGUGUUCACGGAAUAUUUUAAGGAACUCGAAGAGGAAAGCAUCCGGGACAAUUUUGUAGUGAUUUACGAGCUGAUGGAUGAGCUGAUUGACUUCGGUUAUCCGCAAACCACAGACAGCAAGAUCUUGCAGGAGUAUAUCACCCAGGAAGGUCACAAGCUAGAAAUUCAGCCUCGCAUUCCGAUGGCUGUGACGAAUGCCGUUUCCUGGCGUUCCGAAGGCAUUAAAUAUAGGAAAAACGAAGUGUUCCUGGACGUGAUCGAGAGUGUCAACUUGCUGGCUAAUGCCAACGGGAACGUGCUCCGAAGUGAAAUUGUGGGAGCCAUUAAAAUGCGUGUUUACUUGUCCGGAAUGCCUGAGCUGCGGUUGGGAUUGAACGAUAAAGUACUGUUCGAGAGCACCGGCCGGGGUAAAUCCAAGUCCGUCGAGCUGGAAGACGUGAAAUUCCAUCAGUGCGUGCGGUUGUCCCGCUUUGAAAACGAUCGUACCAUUUCAUUCAUUCCACCGGACGGCGAAUUCGAGCUGAUGUCGUACCGUUUGAACACCCACGUGAAACCGCUGAUCUGGAUCGAGUCGGUCAUCGAGCGGCAUGCCCACAGUCGGGUGGAGUAUAUGAUAAAGGCCAAGUCGCAGUUCAAGCGCCGUUCGACGGCCAACAACGUGGAAAUAGUCAUUCCGGUACCGGCCGAUGCCGAUUCACCCAAGUUUAAGACCACCAUCGGCAGCGUCAAGUAUGCCCCGGAGCAGAAUGCCAUCACCUGGACCAUCAAGUCGUUCCCGGGUGGAAAAGAAUAUCUAAUGAGGGCUCACUUUGGACUUCCCAGUGUCGAGUGUGAAGAUUCGGAAGGAAAACCUCCAAUUCAGGUCAAGUUUGAGAUACCGUACUUUACGACGUCCGGAAUUCAGGUUCGUUAUCUGAAGAUCAUUGAGAAGAGCGGCUACCAGGCAUUACCAUGGGUGCGCUACAUUACCCAGAACGGGGACUACCAGCUGAGAACGAACUAGGAGCAAAGCCUUCUUCAUUAAAAAUCCCUACGUAGCCAGACAAGACAGUAUAUGAAAAAAAAAGAUCCUUCGCCCUAGAGUCCCUGGAUUAUAGCAGCACGUCCGACAAACAACAAGAUAAAGGCAGGUUGAUCGUUGUAGAAAUUUAUUUUAGUAAAUUUGUAAGUGCAAAAUUCAAAACAGAAAAAAAUAUCUAGUAUCUGACUAUGAACUAACAGUUUAGAAACAUCAAUCGUACAUUAUCGGUAACAUAUUUCUUUUAUUAUGAAGCAAAAGUUCAGUAUUUUCCAUGUUUAGGUUGUGUUGUCGUUUCUAUUUUAAGCCAUACGUUUGAGGUGACAUUGUUGUAACAACAGCUUCGGGCGUUUAUCACGUGCAGCAAAAAAACGAGAAACAUGCAAAAAGUAUGAUGAAAAUCAUUCAAUCGGAUGAAGUAUUAUAAAUUUUGAAAAUUCUACUUACAUUUAUUUUAUUGUGUUUAAUUAAAUAAUAGACCACGAUUUAUAUUUCACCAAUGA